CGCCCAUUUCGUCACUGGGAGGCGCCCCCGUGCGGCGCCGUGCGCGUCCCGGGGGCUUCUGGGUAGCGGUUUACCCCCGCCCACUGCGUCAGCGUCUUCCUUUCGCUGCCUGACGCCGCCGAGGUCGCACGCGUGAGGCCGGUCCGCAGCAGCCGACAUGCGCUACGUCGCCUCCUAUUUGCUUGCCGCCCUUGGGGGCAACUCCUCUCCUAGCGCCAAAGACAUUAAGAAGAUACUAGACAGCGUGGGCAUCGAGGCGGACGAUGACCGGCUCAACAAGGUCAUCAGUGAGCUGAAUGGGAAAAACAUUGAGGAUGUCAUCGCCCAGGGUGUUGGGAAACUUGCCAGUGUACCUGCUGGUGGAGCUGUGGCUGUUUCUGCUGCCCCUGGCUCUGCAGCUCCUGCUGCUGGUUCUGCCCCCGCUGCAGCAGAGGAGAAGAAAGAAGAGAAGAAGGAGGAGUCCGAAGAGUCGGAUGAUGACAUGGGAUUUGGCUUGUUUGAUUAAAUCUGUGCUCCCCUGCAAAUAAAACCUUUUUAUGUAUCUUGA